AUGCAGUCUACACAGUCCACCGCCAUGAUCCCCUUCACCACCGAGGGUGUCAUUCUGGGCACGCCCUCCAACCCCGACUCGCCCGACCUGUACCGCAUCCGCAUCCAGCCCGCCGACGCCGGCGCGGGCGGGCCGACCGUCAAGUACCUGACUGGCCCGCAGAUGAGCCAUGUCGUCACCGGGCCCGAUGGGCACCCCCGGAGCCGAAGAAACCUCGCCUUCGACAAGGUCCCUGCUGGCGACUGGGUCGUCGGCCGGCUCGUCCCCACCGAAGAAGGCACCGACGGCGAGGGCGCCAAGCUCGAGCUCGCGUCGACCGAGACCGACACCGCAGCUGCCCUCGACGACCUGGGCCUCUACAGCGCCGAGCCGGUCUUCUGCGGGACGACCGUCGACCUGCAGGACUGCCAGGACAGGGUGGACAGGGUGGACAGCACGCCCUGGACCAACGUCGUCCUCGAGGACGGGAAGGAGGUCAGCGUGCCCAAGCCCACAGCCCUCCAGUGCAUGGACUACGUGUCGGCGGAGAUCGUCGUCGCGCCACCAGGGAUUCCCACUGACGCGAAGGAGGUCGUCCGCGUGACGGACUGGAUUCCGGGCCACUAUGUGGGCGUGGAGACGGACGCCCGCGCCCACGAGGCCAUUCAGGCGCGCGACCCGGGCCUGGCGCCGCGCCUCGUCGCGCACGUCACCGAGAACCACUCGCGCGUGAUCGGGUUCCUGCUCGAGCGCGUCCCCGGCGCCCGCGAGGCCGGCGCCGCGGACCUGGAUGCGUGCAGGGCCGCCCUGGCGCGGCUGCAUGCCCUGGGCAUUACCAAGGGGCAGUUGAGCAGGCACUCGUUCCUCGUGCGGGAGGACGGCUCCGUGAUGGUCCAGGGGCCGUUCAGUAGCUCUUCCAGGGACGCCGAGGGCAUCGAGGACGCCAUGAGCGGGGAGAUGGAGAGCCUUGAGGGGGUCCUCGCCCGGAGCCCGUCCGUGUUUGAGGACCAGGCGGAGGCGAUGCUCAAGCUGGUAGGCGCUCGGAGGUGA